GCACAUUCAUCACGACAACGUAAGGUUUGGUUUCGGUAUGGAGCCGUAUGCUACAUUUGUCACGUAGUCCAUAGUUAUGUUGUCUGCGUGCCCCGUGAACGCGCCUGGGAACAGUUUGCGCGCUACAGAGGACAUUUUUUGACCUAGUUUUUCGUGACACCGGUUGUGAGGGUUGGCCGAUCAAAGCGGAAAACCUGGAUUUUGUUGCUAUGUAGUCUUAAUUCUGGGUAUAGUGGUAGACAAAGCUCCUGUAAAGACGGAAUGAACCAGCAGCGAGUAAUAGCGUCGCUUCCAAACGGGACUGAGCUCAGGGUUUGUUUGUGUUUUUAAUCUGUUUGUAUCUGCCGCGGUCUUAAGGACAACCUCAAAAUCUUACGGUUACCAGCUUCUGGUUCUUCGGUGCCGCUCAACCAGCUGGUGGUUAUCCAGUCAAACCUAGCUGCUAGUUCAGACAGAAAACGACAAUGUGCUCUGUAUUAACCAGAGUAAGACCGAUCCAUCGGGCUGUAGCUCUGUCGCUUCGUCUCGGAGCCAACACCGAGGGCUCGAGUUAUGCGGCAACCCAAAGCAGGCGCCUCUCUCCCGGCAAGAAUUCUGUCCUAGACCUGCAGAGGAACUCCAGGUUCUACUGCUCCAGGAUAGCGAAGACGGAAGGACUGCUCGUCAGACAACUGUUUGAGGUGGAGAGCAGCACCUACACCUACCUGCUGGCAGACACGAACACCAGAGAGGCCAUUAUCAUUGAUCCUGUGCUGGAGACAAUUGACAGAGACUUACACCUGGUAGAGGAACUGGGGCUAAAGCUGUUACUAGCAGUGAAUACCCACUGCCAUGCAGACCACAUAACCAGCUCAGGGUUGAUGAAAAAAAGAAUUGCAGGACUGAAGAGUGCCAUCUCUAAAUUCAGCGGUGCCUCUGCAGAUAUCCUGCUGUCAGAGGGCGACAAAAUCUGCUUUGGAAAACAUUACCUGACUGUAAGAGAAACACCGGGACAUACGGAUGGGUGCACAACCUUAGUGUCAGCAGAUGAAAGCAUGGCUUUUACUGGGGAUGCUCUGCUUAUCCGAGGCUGUGGCAGAACAGACUUCCAGCAGGGCUGUGCAAAAUGCCUUUACGAUUCAAUCCACGACAAGAUCUUCACGCUGCCUGAUGACUGCCUCGUCUACCCAGCACAUGACUAUUUAGGUCAGACUGUUUCCACGGUUGGUGAAGAACGCAAGUAUAACCCUCGUCUCAUAAAGUCGAAGUACGAGUUUGUGGAGCUCAUGAACAGCUUGAAUCUCCCAAAGCCAGAUAAAAUAGAUAUUGCAGUGCCUGCUAACCUCGUUUGUGGACUCCAUGGACUCUGAAUGUUUUGAAGAAAACGAGAAAAAAAAAAUAAAAUCAGUGACAUACCUA